CUCAUAUGACAUUAUGUAGUUGCGAGCGCCGUAAAACCUCUACUAAAACUAAAACAAAAAGACCCCACGAAGGCCCCUGUGCUUACUACAGCACACCGACAUGCUUGUGUAGACUGGUGCAACAAACAACCAAAGUAGACGCUCAGAGACAGGGCGGACAGAGCCUCACAAGGCUAGGUUCUGCGUAAGUCAGUCAUAAUGAUGGAAGAAGUAUAAACCAGCCAUCGAGUAUUCAGUGUUUAACAAUUUUGCCCUGCAUUGAUCGCAUAAUAGAAUUUGAGAGAAAUGACUCAUCAACAAGAAAAGUUUAAACCCUUUUUUUCCCCUUGGUUAUGUUUUUUUUUUUUUUUUUUUUUCUAUUUCUACAAGAAGUACCGCAGAGAUGAAGUCGUGGAACGUACAUUAAAAAGCGUUUCACUAAUAAACAGUCUACCCCUCCCCCCUCCCAAACAAAACAAAAAUCCCCAACAUACACCCAUACGAGCGAGAUAUCAUUAUGAGUCGCGUCCUUUAUCUGACCAAUUGGUUCAGAAUCCCAUCCAGUCUUCAACAUUUUAUCCUGCAAAUAUUGGCAGUAAACCGCUUUCGUAGUGAUGUGAAUUUUGAUCAUAACGUCUGUUCUGUUCCAAGGAAAGAAAUUUUCCAGCUUAUAACAAGGGAGGCGAACCUGGUACUCGUGUAUAUGUGUGUGUGUGUGUGUGUGUGUGUGUGUGUGUGUGUGUGUGUGUGUGUGUGUGUGUGUGUGUGUGUGUGAGUGUGUGUUUCUGUGUUGUCAGCCGUCUGUUCCCAUAAUCCAAAGUUGAUUUGCACGUAUAGAUAUCGAUCUAUUUCCUACCUCCCUUUCUCGGUGUCUCUGUAGGGAACGAUAAUAACAAUGGUUUGAGAAUUACUGGUAAAGUCAGGUUCUUAUAAGACAGUCAUACUUUUAAGAACUCUAAUGCUAUGUAAAGCAAUAGAUCCUUUGAUUCACUUUGAAUGCCCAGUAUAAAAGUCAAUGAAGAGCCAUUUCGGCCAAUAUCUUCUUCAAAAUGUUCGCUUAGGCCUACAUGAUGCUAAAAGUUAUCUUAGGCUACAUGAGUAUUCACUUCAGUAGAUUUAAACUGCACUUAUGGAAACCAGUGCUGAACGCAAUAUUUCGAACUCGUAACACCAGUCAUGUUAGUUGUGGAAUCCCCUUCAAAAUUAUUUUAGGCCUUUGCUGAACAUCUCUCCUGGCACGAAGGGAGUCUUAAUUGAGAACGUCGAGGGGAGAUGCAGUUUUCUAUGGUCUCAGCCUGCAUAUUGUCCUCUGUGGACAAUCUACUCUCCAGAGACAAAGUCACAGAGCGUGGCCACUGGAUUCGGCAAAGCGCACCUGUCAACCUUUCAACUUCCGAUCUGCCGGUCUUCUUGUUCGAGACAACAAUUAGCUCUCAUUUCCACACCAUCGAAAUCACGGGUUAAAAACAUAUAGAACCUUGCAAACAUCUAAGUUCUAUACUGAAGUACCGGUAUAUUUUAUAAAGAAAAAAAAAGAAUGAAAAGUAUGACUGGAAGCAGCCAUUUCGUACUCUGGGUAUUUCUUCUAACCACCAUAGCACACCCUGCUUCCCCAGCCUGUAUAAACAAGUGCAAGUGCAUAUGGCGCCGUUCGUAUAUGGAAGUAUCCUGCUACAAUUAUCCCGGCCAGCGAGUCCCACGAUCUGAGUUGCUCAAGCUCGGCUCGAGCUCAAUACACUUUCAUUUACACGCUCCAAAACUUCCGUACGUGUAUGCAGGAGAUUUCCCACCCCAAGUCAAAAUCACAAGUCUCAGAAUUUCAGGAAAGUACGUGACCGGUUAUUCCAGAUACGCAUUUUCCAGCAUCGCCAAAUCUCUGAAGUCGCUAGAUAUUGAUGCGCCUACCUUUUUCUUUGCCAGCCCUUUUUACCCUGUGAUUCCUCUAAACCACCUGAGAAGUCUGCAGAUAAGGUGUAAUCCGUACUUCGCAAGGGACUUUAUUAUCUACACGCGCUUUUUGCGCCCACCAGUGACUAAUUCACUAAGGGAACUCAUCUUGGAUGACUGCAGAAUAAUAUCCUUUGCUGAUUGGGUAUUCAAGGGACUCCACCUGACCAAAUUCAGUUUACGUUAUAACAGUAUCCCAAAGGUGCCGCUUCCUCUGAGAUCUAUGCCUCUUAAAAAGUUGGAUCUAAGCUCAAACAAACUCACUUGCCUUACACCCCAUCGAUUCCCACCCAAUUUGACUUCUCUGAACUUAUCGUAUAACAAUAUAUCCUUCGUUGAGCCAGGCGUGUUUUGGUACUUACCCCAUCUUACUAACAUUGAUUUGAGCUACAACAGGUUUUUAUAUUUGUUCCCGCGUGAAUUCGACCGAGUAAAAGCAGGGUUGAUCAACCUGGCCUACACUGGACUGAUCGGCCUAGAUUCGUGUGUGACAGCUCCGGGCAGCAGUGCUUACUUACUCUUCAAAGGGACUCCUCUACCCUGCGGGUGCGAGCUCCGCGGUUUCUUGGAACAUUCUGCUACACGCAUUGGCGGAGAGUGCGUCGACGCAUUCGGCGUGAAGUUUAAGUUGUAUACCUAUGAGUUCUGGCAUCAAAUUCACAAAUACGAGUGUCGUCCUUAUAAACGCACUUCAUGGUAUUUGGCUGUACAGAGACUGAGAGCUUCCAGAGGAUCUGCGUGGUGUCCAGAGACGAGGAGACAGCCACAUUUUAGGGGCACGGUUCCUCCGCAUCUUGAUUUAGAACCAUAGGAAGGACUUAAGGGGGCCUCGGAUGAAAAUUGUAGACAAAAAUUGAUACGGUAACAGUGCUGCAAUCGUAAAAUUAUGAACAGCGAAAUUUAGUACUCAACGUGCAACAACACAAUCUAUAGAGCCAGGCUCUCAUCAAUUUUUGGAAAAAUUGAGUUUUUCGCAUAAUCUGAAAACCUAUUCCAUUUGUUUCGCUUUUUGAUUUUAAAAAAUACCCAUCUUUCUUGAAUAAAUAUAGAGAUAUUUGCGAUUGAAGAAGAAAGCCUGAUGUCAGAGGUCAAACAGUUGCCGUGGGUCAGGGAAUUGAAAGAAACAAGUAACCAGUAAAGAAGGUACGCAGGAAUUGGGUUGUUGUUGG